AUUUUCAGGAGUGACCUUGUAAAGCAAAUUUCAGAAGUACCAAAAGAAAAAAAAAAAAAAAAAGGUUUACAUUAAUUUUUUACGUUACAGUUCUAGUAUCAAUCCAUAUAUAGAUAUAUAUAUCGGAGAAGAGAGAUGGCCAUGGAGAUCGAGAGAUCAGAAGCCCAGAACAUUGACAUGGCAAACUGCCUGAUGUUGCUAUCGAAAGUGGGAAAGAACGACGGUGUUUUCACCCUCGGAAAGCCAACCCAAAACGGUCGCGUUUUUACAUGCAAGACAUGCAACCGGGAAUUCCCCUCGUUUCAAGCAUUGGGCGGUCACCGGGCAAGCCACAAGAAGCCGCAGCUGGACCAGACGACCCAGUUGCCGGUUUCGCCUAAGAAGCCGAAGACGCACGAGUGCUCGAUCUGUGGGCUGGAGUUCGCGAUCGGCCAAGCACUUGGGGGACACAUGAGGCGGCAUAGAGGCGGAGGCCACUCCGGCAAUAGUGAGAGUUCGUCGUCGGAAACGAAGAGAUCGGCGGUGGUGAUGGGGCCGGCGACGUUGACGAUGAAGAAGACGAGUAAGAUUAAGAGGGUGUUCGGUUUAGACCUGAACCUGACGCCGUUGGAGAAUGAUUGCUUGAGGUUGGGUUUGGGGAAGGUGGCAACGACGUCGCAUCAUCAUGUGGUUGAUUGUUUUAUGUAGACAGGGGUUUUUGGUUUGGUUGUUUGUAUUUGCCGGCCAACGUUACUAGAGUUGGAAUUCGUGACCAGAUUUAUUUAUUCAUUUAUUGGCAUAUAGUUUUAGGAAAUAUUUUUAAUAUUAUAUUAAUUUAAAUUUAA